AUGAGUGGAACUGCAUUCGAUGUUCAGACAGCUGAUGAUACAGCUGCUCGCUUUUACAUGGAAAGUGUACUACAAAAUCCAAAUGGAAUCGGUCUUGCCAUUGGUCAACCAACUCCCGAAGUGCAAAAACGAAAAGAAAGAUUGGUAUUAUUCAGAAUACAACACUACUCAGCUGUAUCUGACUACCUACGAUCGAAUACCAUGUUUGAUCCAUAUGUGACUGAUACGGCUGCCGUUGAUCUUUAUGUCAAUAGUCCAAAUACCUCUCCCGGUACAAUCGGUCUUGUUUACACCAUUGAUAAAUAUUCCGUUGCUGCGUAA